UGAGGCGCCGGCGGUCUGGCGUCCGCGGCCGGGAGGCUCUGGACUCCCGGGCCCGGGUCCCGGUUCUUGCUGGCCGGAGGCGGCGACAGGCGGGCUGGAGGUACUGUAACUAGAUCACCAGUUUGAUCCAGGAGGUACAAUGUCUCGCGUGCGACAACCUCCGCUCGUGACAGGCAUCUCUCCCAAUGAAGGAAUACCAUGGACAAAGGUCACAAUCAGAGGAGAGAACCUGGGCACUGGUCCCACGGACCUGAUAGGCCUCACGAUUUGUGGACACAACUGCCUCCUGACGGCCGAGUGGAUGUCUGCGAGUAAAAUAGUGUGUCGCGUGGGGCAAGCCAAGAACGACAAAGGGGACAUUAUUGUGACAACUAAAUCGGGUGGCAAAGGAACCUCAACAGUGUCUUUCAAGCUGCUGAAACCUGAAAAAAUAGGCGUCUUGGAUCAGUCUGCCGUGUGGGUGGAUGAAAUGAAUUACUACGACCUGCGCACCGACAGGAGUAAAGGCAUUCCUCCCCUAUCCCUCCGUCCUGCUAAUCCACUUGGCAUUGACAUUGAAAAGAGUAAAUUUCCACAGAAAGACCUAGAAAUGCUGUUCCAUGGAAUGAGUGCCGAUUUCACAAGUGAGAAUUUUUCCGCUGCCUGGUAUCUCAUCGAGAACCACUCAACCACCAGUUUUGAGCAGCUCAAGAUGGCAGUGGCCAACCUGAAGCGGCAGGCCAACAAGAAGAGCGAGGGCAGCCUGGCCUGCGUGAAGGGCGGGCUCAGCACCUUCUUUGAGGCGCAGGACGCCCUCUCAGCCAUCCAUCAAAAACUAGAAGCGGAUGGAACGGAAAAAGUUGGAGGAUCCAUGACGCAGAAACUGGAGAGUGUUCUGAACAGGGCGAGCAACACUGCAGACACGUUGUUUCAGGAAGUCUUAGGCCGAAAGGACAAGGCAGAUUCCACCAGAAACGCCCUCAACGUGCUCCAGCGAUUUAAGUUCCUCUUCAACCUGCCUCUGAAUAUUGAAAGGAACAUUCAGAAGGGUGAUUACGAUGUGGUGAUUAACGACUACGAAAAGGCCAAGUCUCUCUUUGGGAAAACGGAGGUGCAAGUUUUCAAGAAAUACUAUGCUGAAGUGGAGACGCGAAUCGAGGCUCUGAGAGAGUUGUUGCUGGCUAAGCUGCUGGAGACACCGUCAACUUUGCAUGACCAGAAGCGUUACAUAAGGUACCUGUCCGACCUCCAUGCGCCCGGGGACCCAGCCUGGCAGUGCAUCGGCGCCCAGCACAGGUGGAUCCUUCAGCUCAUGCACACCUGCAAGGAGGGCUACGUGAAAGACCUGAAAGGGAAUCCGGGCCUGCACAGCCCCAUGCUGGAUGCAGAGAGCGACGGGCGCCCCUCGGCACUGGCCCAUCUCACGCAGACAGCGUCGCUCAAGAGAGGAAGCAGCUUUCAGUCCGGGCGUGACGACACGUGGAGGUACAGAACUCCCCACAGGGUGGCAUUUGUUGAGAAGCUGACCAAGCUUGUGCUAAGCCAGCUGCCUAACUUCUGGAAGCUCUGGAUCUCCUAUGUUAAUGGCAGCCUCUUCAGUGAGACUGCUGAGAAACCGGGCCAGAUUGAACGAUCAAAGAACGUAAGGCAAAGGCAAAGCGACUUUAAGAAGAUGAUCCAGGAGGUGAUGCACUCGCUGGGGAAGCUGAUCCGCGGGGCGCUGCUCCCGCUCAGCAUCCGAGAGGGGGAGGCCAGGCAGUACGGAGGCUGGGACGUGAAGUCGGAGCUCUCGGGCCAGUGGCUUGCUCACGUCACCCAGACCGUGCGGCUGACUUACGAGUCCUUGACUGCCCUGGAAAUCCCCAACGACAUGCUGCAGAUCAUCCAGGACCUCAUCCUGGACCUCCGCGUCCGUUGUGUGACGAUCACGCUGCAGCACACGGCACAAGAAGUGAAGAGACUGGCCGAGAAGGAAGACUGGAUCGUUGAUAAUGAAGGCCUGACUUCUCUCCCGUGUCAGUUCGAGCAGUGCAUCGCGCACUCCCUGCAGUCCCUGAACGACGUCCUGGAGUGCAGGCCUGGAGAAGCCAGCGUCUUUCAGCAGCCGAAAACUCAGGAGGAGGUCUGCCAGCUGAGCAUCAACAUCAUGCAGGUUUUUAUAUACUGUCUGGAACAGUUGAGCACCAAGCCUGAUGCUGAUAUAGAUACUACACAUCUUUCUGUUGAUGUUUCGUCCCCUGAUUUGUUUGGAAGUAUCCAUGAAGAUUUCAGUUUGACUUCGGAGCAGCGACUUUUGAUCGUCCUGAGCAACUGCUGCUGUCUGGAACGCCGCACCUUCCUAAACAUAGCGGAGCACUUUGAGAAGCACGACUUCCAGGGAGUGGAGAGAAUCACCCAGGUUAGCAUGGCCUCGUUAAAAGAACUAGACCAGAGACUCUUUGAAAAUUACAUUGAGCUGAAAGCGGACCCCAUCGUGGGCUCCCUGGAGCCUGGCAUCUAUGCAGGCUACUUUGACUGGAAGGACUGCCUGCCUCCCACAGGUGUCAGAAACUAUUUAAAAGAAGCACUGGUGAACAUAAUUGCUGUGCACGCAGAGGUGUUCACCAUCUCCACAGAGCUGGUGCCCCGGGUGCUGUCCAGGGUGGUGGAGGCCGUGUCCGAGGAGCUGAGUCGGCUGAUGCAGUGCGUCUCCUCCUUCAGCAGGAAUGGAGCUUUGCAGGCAAGACUUGAAAUCUGCGCUUUGCGGGACACCGUGGCCAUUUACCUGACGUCCGAAAGCAGGUCCAGUUUCAAACAAGCUCUGGAAGCCCUGCCGCAGCUGUCGAGCGGAGCGGAUAAGAAGUUCCUGGAGGAGCUUCUGAACAAGUUCAAGAGCAGCAUGCACUUGCAGCUCACCUGCUUCCAAGCUGCUUCUGCGGCCACGGUGAAAACAUGAGCUCCUGCGAGGAAGAGCAGCGCAGAGACGCCGGGUGAUAAAACCAUCGCCCUCCUGAGUGCCCUGAAGCCCGGGGUCUGCAGUCUCCCUCCCUCCCCCACCCGCCCUCCCUCCCUCUCUCUCUCUCUCUCCUGUCCCCCAGCCUGCUAGCCUAGAAAUAUAUUUCAGCCCAAAUGACCUUGAGAUGCCCAAGCAACAUCUGGCCGUUUUCGUCACAUGGAUCGCCGUGGGGCUGCUAGAAUGGCUUUGAAAGCAGGCGCACUGCUCCUAGCUCAGGUUGGCCUGGUGCGGCCACGCAGGAGCAGCGCCUCCUUUGGGAGGCUUCCAAGAGGCCCGAGGUGGGCACUGCAGCCUUCCCCAGUGGCCCGCCUACUAGACUUUGAGCCUGAGCUGCCUGCCAGUCCCAUGGAGAGACCGGUGAGAAGACACGGGAAAGUGCUAUUUAGACAAGCCACGCCUAGCUGCACUGAAAUCUUACUUCCCACCAAUGGCCCUGCAUCCCCGCAUUCAAGUGUCUGGUGUUGUUUUGUGGCUUUUAUUUUAACAGAUUCAUUUAGUUAUUUAAAAGGCAGAGUUAUAAGACAGAGGGAAGGGCCGAGAGACCUUCCACCUGCUGGCUCACCCCCCCAAUGGCUGCGACGGCCUGGAGCCUGGAACACCAUCAGGGUCUCCCACGUGGGUGGCAGGGGUCCAAGCACUUGGCCCAUGCUUUCCUAGGAGCAUUAGCAGGGAGCUGGAUUGGAAGUGGGAGCAGCCGGGACUCGAACCCACGCUCAUGGGAUGCCAGAGUCGCAGGUGUGGCUUAACCUGCUGUGCCACAGCGCUGGCCCCAGAGCGGGUUUUUAGGAUAAUUUGUGGGAUCCAUUUAAAAAUGUUUUCAUUGGGGAGAUUAGUUUUGGUCCAGUUGCCCAUGGACUCACCUUGCAUUUCGCCAAUUUUACGCCUCACAGCGCUAAGCUCUCAGCGCCUCGUCCGCGCGGCCCGGGCCGCUCGCCUUCUCUCUCAGAUGUGUCCGCUCACACGCGGUGCUGGUCUGAGGGCCUGCGUGUGGCCUGCCACGUGGUGUUGCCGGCUGCUGCGUCCCACCCAGACUCCAGUGUCCCCUGCAGAACCAGCCGGCCACCUGCCGCCCGCCGCCCACUGCGCGCUCCCUGCCCCCUGCUGCCCUCCGGAGCCGCAUGGCUGCAGCCGGGGCCUGCUCAGGUGCACCCAUUUUCUGACGAUUCCAGAGGCCCUGGACCACCAGGCGGUGUUCACUGCUGCUGGGUCCCAGGCAGGGGUUCAGGUCACUGCGACUUCUCCCAGGGUAGGGUCCCCAACCUGCCCCUCCCAGGCCCCGAGCGCCGUCUCCAGUCUCCCUGCGGAGCCGGCACACCAACUGAUGGUGGUUAGAGAAGCCCCUUCCUUAUGUGUGUGGUGCACUGGCAAUGCUUAUUUCCUCCCAUGGCCAUAAGGCUCUUAAUUCAAUGCCGUUGUUAAUUGCAGUAAUUAAAAAUUCAAAAUUAAUUUCAGUCAUUAAAAAUACUAGUAACUUUGGAGCUUGGUAUAGUCACAUACAGUGUCUGUUUUUGAAACAAAUUAAUGUUGUGCCUGCUCAUCUCAUACAUGGGGUAAAAAGGCACCUCUUUUACAAUGUGCUGGAUAAAGCUGUUCAGAAGUCGAGUGUUGCCCGUUGUGUCUAACCUGACCGUAAACUAAAUGAACAAAACUGAUCCCGACAGCAGGUGUAAUCUUAAAUACCUGGAGCAGUGCUUCCAGCCAAUACAGCAUCUGUUGUUCACUGUAAAUCCCAAGUUCCUUGGCAUUUUUUCCCAUAACUAACAUUUUCGUUGGCUGUGUAGCUUUUUCUGUGAGUCUGGCUUUAACAGUCAAAAUAAACACUUAAGUCAAACCACUGUCCAAUCUAUCUGUCAGGUGUCCCGCUAGUUGUUUGUAGCUUACACUGAACUCCCGCAGCCUUGACAGCGCCCUCCCGGCCUGGGUCACCCCUGUGCCCAGUGAGCAGGCCAGCUGACUGGUGACUGCCUUCGGACUGGAAGGCUGCCGGGUGCUGGGACCCCUGCCGCCACGCCCAGCUGUCUGCCUCCCAUCACACGCUCGCCCUCCCAGCUGCACGUGCCCCCUGCCAUCCUGCCCCGAGGGAUGCAGUUCACGGAAAGCACGCAGGGCCCAGAACGAGGGUAAAACCCCAUAACCAAAUGGGGAGUUCAGAGUCACCUCUUCCACCGAGUCAGGGGGACUUCUUGGAAGAAGGGGAUUUCGAGAGCUACUUGAAUCACAGAAGAUGAAUUUAGUGGUUUCCAGGAGAUGGAGGAAUGCGACAUACGUUAAAGAAGGCUGAGAGAGACCGGGACUGGGAACCUGUCUGGCAGAGAGGCAGCCGGGACAGAGUGAAGGGGCCGGCGUCUGAGUUGCCACAGCCAUGCCUGUGUGGGUCCACACUGCUGCCGGUGAGCUGGCCGGGCUGGCCCCACUUGAAACGCGAAAGGACCAGUAGGAAUCGGCCGGUUUUACUAAGACUUUCUGUAUCAGUGUACCAUGAAAGUACUGUGUUCUAGAAAUGAUGUGAGUGUUGCAAAACAAGCUCGCUGCCACGGGCAUAGCUCCCUGACUUGUGCUCCUGGCCCUGGGGUCCUUGCACACAUUUUUCUUAAAGGGAAUGAACAGAAAACGGUGCGUUUAGUUCUGGAGCGGGGACAAGGUGCUGGUGUGUUUCUGUUUUGAUCACGUGCUGUGUGGUUUCUGCAGAGCUGUAAAUGUCAACCAGCUUGCUUGGAUCAGGUCAAGGUCAGGUUUGUAAAAUAAGUUGCAAUCAGAUACAUCUCAUUUAACACGUCCAGGACAGUCACACGUAGCUGUAGACCACAACCUGCCAACGUUCUCACCUUGCGCGUUCCUGUGUCAGGACUCCGUAUGGGCUUCUGAGCCAUGGAAGUAGAUCCUGAGUGUGCGACCCAGACCUGAGAGCAGCCAUCACGAUGAUCUUCGCCACCGCUGCACGGGUGACGUGGGUGCCGUCCUGCACGCUGGGUGCUGACCUCGUCUCCUAGCUCUGUUCACUCACACGUUUUUCCAGAGUCCCGUCAGGCAUCACUAGGAAGCCUUCCUGUACCUGGCCAGGUUGUCAGUGCCUCACAGCGGCCGUCUCACGAACAGGACCUGUAUCUUUGAAAGCCAAUCAGAAGUCAGAACGCCCUCCUCCUGGCCCUGGACGAGGUGAGGCCCGAGGCCGGCGUGUGUCUCCCUCAGGCAUCCCACCGUGGUCACUGUUGAUAUCGGUACCUCUUCACAUUUUAUCUUUGACGUGUGUGGCCCAGUGGUCUGCAGACCCUCUGGCCAGGCACACAUUCCUGAGAACCAAGAUGGCUGCCUGAACUCUAGGCGGCAAGGAAGGCCCCGGGGGACUUCAUCCUGGAGCGGGGAUGGACGGAGACGAGAAACGAAGGAAGAGUGGAGUCCUGGAGUCCUGGAGUCCUGGCCACAGAAGUCGAGGGGAGGACAAGGUAAGUCAGAAGGAAGAGUGGGCUCACAUGGUGAGACGUGCGAAGCUGUGCACCCGGUAGUGGCAUUGCUGGGUCGUGCGGCCCAAAGACAUGAGCACGUCAUACAAAGAGAGCCCUGCACCACCAUGUUGGCCAGCACUGUGCACAACAGCCAAGCGUCCCUCAGCAGAUGAAGACUGGAGAAAGUGUGGUAUACGUGUCUCCGCACACACACGCACACACACACACACGCACUAUGGAACAUUACCCAGCCACAGGAAAGAAUGAAAUUCUACCAUCUGCAUCAAAACAGUUACAACUGGGGGACGUCAUGUUGAAUGAAAUGAGCUAAAAUUACCAAAAACGAAUCCAAAACAAACCAGAAAGGAAAGACAUGCCUGUGCAUGUCAGUAUUGCUGCAAAUGUUGUUUUGUCCAACUGUUUUCUGUCUUUGUCAAGCAAAUUGUUAAGAACGAUGUAGCCACCACCUGCAACACCGGCAUCCCGUACGGUUGAGUCCCGGCUGCUCCACUUCCCGUCCAGCUCCCUGCUGAUGCACCUGGGAAAGCAGCACGGGAUGGCCCGAGUCCUCCCACCCACCCGGAAGACCUCAUGGAAUUCUAGGCUCCUGGCGCCGGCCUGGCCCAGCCCUGGCUGUGGGGAGUGAACCAGCGUAUGGAGGAUCUCUCUCUCUCUCUCUCUCUCUCUCUCUCUCUCGCUCUGCCUUCCAAAUAAGUGAAUAAAUCAUAUUGUAAAAUGAUAUCCUACUGUAGUUCUAGUCAUGUGAUUAUUGUACAAUGUACUACACAUGAGUGACACUGACAUCUCCAUCCGAGUGCUGUGCCGUGUAUAGCCCUUGCCUGUAUUUCUGCUGAACUGUGGUCUUCUUACUUACUGAACUCCUCCUUUAAGCCUUCGAUUGUAAUGUAAAUUAAAAAUAUGUUAUCUCAAAAAUAAAAAUGAAAAGCAUCGCCCAAAA